AUAAAAAUUGGAUGAAGGAGCAUGGCUCUCGAUCCAGCCAAGUCACCAGCCAAGUCUCAAUAGUCUCCACACUCUAAUAAAUGAACAAAGUUCGAAGCAGGUCCCGCAAAAAAAUUAGAAAUAUAUUGGCAUCUUCGUCCCCAUCCUUGCAAUCCUCCAUGCUUGUUCCAUUGGUGAUGGCACGAGGCUGCUAUACCCAAUGGGCGAUGGCCAUCCUUAUCGAGAGCAAAAACGUCAACACCACCAUUCCCACCCACUUGACUUUGACCGUUGACCCGCUGACAUCAUCCCCCACUCGCGUUCUUAAGGCCUCGGCUCGCACUCCCCCCCGCUGUCCCCAACAGCUCAGCAAUCCUCGCUCCGCCAAUCGCCAUGGAUGCGGUCGUCGCCGGACAGCAGGCGAGGCGGCGGAUCCGCCCGCCGGAGCCGCUCGUGAUGGCCGCGUCUCCCACGACGCCGGCCGCGUUCCGGUGCCCGAUCUCGCUGGAGGUGAUGCGGUCGCCGGUGAGCCUCCCCACCGGCGCGACCUACGACCGGGCGUCCAUACAGCGCUGGCUCGACUCCGGCCACCGCACGUGCCCUGCCACGCGGCUGCCGCUGGCGUCCACCGACCUGGUGCCUAACCUGCUCCUCCGCCGCCUCAUCCAUCUGCACGCCGCCACGCUGCCGCCCUCGCCCUCGCCAGAGGAGGCGCUCUCGCAGCUCGCUGCCUCGCACGGUGAGCCCGCCGCGGCGGAGAAGGCCGUGCGCUCGCUCGCCGCCAAGAUUGCGCCCGAGAAAGGGAAGCAGGCCUCCGUCGCGUCUGCCGUCGCCGCUGAUCUCGAUUCCACCGUGCCGGCGCUCCUCUCCUUCGCCAAGGGAGGCGCCGGCACCGACGCGCGCGUCGACGCGGUGAGGAUCCUGGCCACUGUGGCGCCGGAGAUUGCCUCUUACCUAACCGUGGACGGCACGGAGAAGCGUGGACGGGUCAAGAUGGCCGUGGAGGCCUUGGCUGCCGUCUUGUCCGCGGGCGGAGUCAGCGAAGAUGCCAAGAAAGCCGUCAUCACCGUGCUCGUGGCCAGCGAUCUGGGUCGCAUCGUGACGACGCUGCUCGCCGCAGGUCCCACCGGCGUCGUGGUUCUCGAGUCGAUCCUGACGUCGCCCGUGCCGGACGCCGACGUCAAGACCGCAAUUGCCGACAGGUCGGAGCUGUUCCCGGAUCUGGUGAGGAUCCUCAAGGAGGCUGCGUCGCCGGCAGCCAUCCUGUGCAUGGCCGCGGCCGUUCAGGUACGCGGGCGGCCCGCCCGAGCGUCGAUGGUCCGAGCCGGCGCCGUCCCCGCGCUCGCGCUGGCCGUGGCGGCCGCGCCCACGGCCGCGGCGGAGUCCGCGCUGAUUUUAUUAGUAGAGGCGGCCCGCUGCAGCGAUGGUAAAGCAGCGAUCGCCGAGGACGCCGCGGAGGUGGCGGCAGCCGUGAUGGGCAGGAUGAUACGGGUCGGGCAAAUGGGACGCGAGGCCGCGGUGGCGCUGCUGUGGCUGUCCUGCUGCGCGGGGGGCGGCGAGCGGAAGAUGAGGGAAGCGCUAGCAGCCGCGCCGGAAGCGGUGGGGAAGCUGCUGGUGGUGAUGCAAGGGGACUGCUCUCCGGCGACGUCGAGGAUGGCCGGCGAGCUGCUGAGAGCAGUGAGGAUGGAGCAGGAAAGGAAGGGCAUGGUCUCCUCCUCCUACGACAGCCGCACCAUCCAUGUCAUGCCUUACUGAAGAAGAAGGCCUCGUACACUUCCUUCCUAGCAAGUAAAUUUGUCGAGCUAACCCGCUUGGUGAAAUCGCUGCGCAAAUUGUGUUGCUUCCAUUGGUGAAAUCGCUGUGCAAAUUGAAAUAACAACGACAUAUUUUGUUGCGCGUAACCAAGUCAAAGUGGACAGGAUAUAACUAUUUUUGUUUGCAAAGGUCAAGAUAGGCAGCAUUUACCUGUAUCUGUAUGUACACUUGACUGUAAUUUGGACGCGUAGUGAAGUGGAUGGCUACCUCUUGUUCUCUUCUGAA